GCAUUGCUUCUAGAUGAAGACCACAAAGCCUUGUACAGACGUGGCUGGUUUAAAAAAAAAUGGAAAAAAAUCAAGAACUGGGUGAAAAGCCAGGCUAUAUCUGCCGCAAUUUCAACUGGAAUUAAGACCGUGGUAGCUGCUGGUGGCAAAAGAGACAUAGAAGAUUUGGCUGAAUUUCCUUAG